AUGGCUAUCGACAAGAAGCGGCCCGUGGCCCUCAACUUGAGGCCUGCACGAACACCCUCGACGGAUUCGUCAUCCUCCGAUGGCUCUCUGAAGCACCCACGAACGCCCCGUUUUGCGGAGGCUACUACUGUCCACUCUCCAGUCGAUGCCCGCAAGGGGCCCUUCUCUAGGAAUGACAGCUCGGCCGUUGCCCAAGCACAGCCUGGCGAUAUUGGUUUCGGCUACAUCAACGACGACUCUAACCGCGAAUCGGUCGCCAUGCCCAUGACCCCGAGGUCGCCCCUCAAGAGCGCGAUGAAGGUGCCCGGCACUCCUGGCCGGAGGUUCGACAACCCUCUCAGCCCUACCUUCAGGGAAGAGCAGAUUCUGGAGAAGCGAGAAGCCUCCACGGAGAAGGAGCAGGCCAAGGACCUGAAAAUCAAAGUCCGCGUGCGCAUGGCCAAGUUUGCUCUGCGUGGUGUCAACUUCAGCUGCAGCCUGAUCAUCCUGGCCAUGCUGUCGUCCUCCUUCGCCAUCUUCAACGCCACCAAGUCACUUCCGGCCCAGAACGGCCUGCCUGCGUGGGCCGGCAACACCAAUGCUUGGCCCCAAAAGGUCGUUCUCGCUGCUUCCUGCGUCUCGUUGGCGAUCUGUGUUACGGUCUUUAUCGGUUAUUGCCGGGGUGGCCACCAGCGGGCUGAGAAGGUCGGCGUCUACUACACCCUGUUCGCCGUUGGCUGGUUCAUCUUCAGCAUGGUCAUGUGGUGUGUGGCGGCCGGCCUCUUCCAACACUCGCGCACCAGCAGCGGGAACCAAGACAUGUGGGGUUGGUCGUGUGUUCAGAACCACCGCUCCCAGAUCUUCCAGGACAAGGUUGAUUAUGCUCUUGUUUGCAGACUUCAGAACUGGUCUCUGAUCUGCAUCAUCAUUGAAAUCGUGGUGGAAGUGAUCAGCAUCACUCUUUACAGCAUCAUCUUCUACCGCUACUACCGAAAGCGCCAGCUUACCAAGUCGAUGGACCUGCGAGACAAGGCCCGCUCCGACCUGUACCUGGCUCAGCUCCGGACCCAGUCCGCUCCCAACACCCCCGGGUUCGGCCCCAAGUCUCCCGCCCUGUCGCAGUACGCCCUGUCCCCGCGGUUCCCUCCCUCGUCCCACCAGACCUACCGCUCGCUGGGCGACAUCGAGGAAGGGGCCUCGCCCUUCACCCCGGGCGGCCAGCGCCUGGUCGAGCCCACCUCGGCCUUCUCCAAGCCGGCCGCGGACUCGGGCUUCAAGCUUCAGGCCCCGCCCACCAAGGCCCGUUCUGCCACUCCCAAGACAACUGGUGGAUUCCAGACCCCCACGACUGAUUCAACGCCGAUGCCGUCGCAGAGCACAGCCGUCGAGCAUGCUCCUGUAGCUCCAGGGGAGCAAAUCUACGAGGCCGUUGCGAUCCCCGGCGCCUACGCCGACGCAGCCGUCAAGAGCCCUCCCGCUCACCAGACGAGCUUCAGAUGA